AGAGUGAAAAAUGGAAAAGAGACACUGGAGUUAUAAGGCUGCUUGCUAGCAGGCUGCACCCAAAAGCAGAAAUGCACCUUAAGUGUGUGAGGAGCGACUCAGAGCUCUGCUGGUACGUCCACGUCCGCCUCUGCUGGUGAGCACCAAUGGAAUGCAUCGAAUCCAAAUGCACAGCGAUAUCUCCUAUUUAAUCCUCGGUCCUCUUUCGGAAUCUAUUGCCUGGACCACUUGAUUUGAAUCUCUCAAGUCUUCAGAUGGACUGGAGUGCAAAAUCUUUUUCACAGUGGGACUGGGAACACCUACUUUUUAACACAAAAGCAACUGAGAAUCCUAGGUUAAAACCGGUAGACUGGAGUGGCAAAGAAGAUAGAGAAAUCAAUGUUGGCGUGUUCAAUCCAUCAUGUGGUAUUGAUAGUUCUGGGUCUGUGCUGCGAUAUACUUCUUCAUCAAGGGGCUCAAAAUCAGCUUCCAUCAAUUCUUCAUCAAAUGGGUAUAGCAGAACAUCAGUGCUCACUUUUGAAGGAUCCCAAGAAGAUGCUAAUGGUAAGAAAGAGAGGUCAAAAGAAGAGCCUCUUGGAAAUUCUCCCGCACUUGAGCAUUCUUCUGUCUCUGGUGAACCAUUGCACAGUCUAAAGCUUGGCAAACGGCUGUACUUUGAAGAUGCCUAUGUUGGAAGUGAUACAAAGAAUGCAUCUCACUCUGGGAUUCCCAUGCCAUCUUUGAGUGCUGGGAAAAAAUGUAAGUCAAAUAGUCAGAGCUCACAACCUCCACUCUGCCAGGUUGAAGGCUGUAACCUUGACCUAUCAUCAGCUAAAGAUUACCAUCGCAAGCAUAGAGUUUGUGAAAAUCAUUCCAAAUGCCCAAAUGUCGUUGUAGGUGGUAAGGAGCGUAGAUUUUGCCAGCAAUGUAGCAGGUUCCACGGUCUCUCAGAGUUUGAUGGAAAAAAAAGAAGUUGCCGGCGUCGUCUUUCUGAUCAUAAUGCGAGGCGUCGGAAGCCUCAUCCUGAAGUCCAGUUGAAUUCAUCAUUUUUGUCCUCAUCACCAUAUGAUGGGAGGCAACAGAUGGGCCCUUUUACUAAUUCAACGGCCGCUAUCAACUUUGCUUGGCAAGAUGCAUACAGCAGCCGCAUCUCCCAAACGAAAGAAUUUCUCAUGAAAGCUGCAAAAGCAGGAGGUACCAUUGGGCAGGUGCAUCAGCCCUUCAAUGAGAUCCCAAGUACCUUUUCUAAGCUUUCUGAAGGUCCCGGUGGCCUUUGCACUUCCAAAGGCAUAACAGCAAAGACUAUCAAUCCAGGGAUAGAAGAUUUCGUGACCUCAUCAGAUGAUAAUGCUACACAAGAUUUUCACCGUGCUCUCUCUCUUCUGUCAACCACCACCUCUUGGGCUCCAUGCGAGACGAAGUUUGCUUCUCAAGAGCACUCCAAUCGCACAACUCCUACCGGUACGACUCCACCUGUAACGCACUCAAUGAUUCAGUGCUUGCCUUGUGCUUCGUCAGACUACUGGCAGACUUGUCAACAUCCAGUCGAUGCCCGUAUCGGCAUCUCGUCAUACUCAGACUGUAAAGAUGACUCUCACUUUGAAGAUUUCCAGCUGUUCAGAGCACCCUAUGAGUCUGGCUUUUGCAAUCAGUUGGAUUAACGAGUAUCCUAACAAGCUUAAUCCAGUUAUUAGGCCCAGGAGAGGUCAAGUCUCGCCUCAUAAUAUUCGUAAUGACUUUUGUGCUUAACUUCCCGUAUGCAACAUUUAAGUCUUUAUUUUGCCCGGUCUGUUUUGCGUCUUCACUGUGGGGAUCAUAUCUAAACCGGUUUGCAUGUUAUAUUUGGUACAUUUUAUUAGAGCUUUUGUUUGGUCAACUCAACAAAAAGGACCCAGCGAGACCUCUUUCCUCGUCGUCUCUUUUGUUAAUUACAUGAAGCGUCCUCUGUUAUUAUUCA